AUGAAGACCAAUAGUUUAAAUAAACGGACGAUAACAGUGAAGACUGAUCAAAUACCGCCAUCACUACGUAUCCGCGACAACCAGCGACGUUCGCGUGCACGCCGCAGAGAAUAUAUCCAAGAUCUUGAGGAACGCCUACACAAGUUCGAGGCUCUGGGCGUUCAGGCGACACGAGAAGUCCAAGCUGCGGGUCGAAAGGUGGCAGUGGAGAAUACUCUCCUCCGGUCGCUGCUCAAACUGCGUGGUGUUUCCGACCGGGACGUUCAGGAAUACUUGACAGCACACACAGCGAAUAUUUUUCUCCCAAAACUUCACUCGGACGCUGUACUAGAAGCGCGAUUGCCCCCAUGGAAACCUUCAAGUCUAAACACAGUCCGAGAGGGUUCCUCGCAGUUCAGCUCACUUAAUCCCGAAUGCAAUGACCCCUUGCAUGAGAUGAACGAUACUGAGUCUACCCCAUCACUCUUGAGCCGAGCUAUCAAUCAACAGGUGAUUAUAUCCGAGAACCAAAUUUCCGAUAGGGAGCAGCGUGUACCAGUCGACUCUCCCACUCAUGGUACAUCCAGAUUACAGUCACCCAGCAGGAACCAGGGUUCAGGGCAGGCUACUCCAUGCGAAACUGCAGCCGAGAUCAUCAUGUCUAUUCGAGACUACUCCGAUGCGCGGGAUGUGCGCUCGGAACUAGGGUGUCAGUCAACAUCCAACUGCAUGGUGAGGAACAUGGAUAUUUUUCACCUACUAGAUAAACGAUAA